CUUAAAGCAGAUCGAGGUCAAUAUCCAGUGAUCUUGACCGAGAUAACGAGCGUGAUCAUUUAAGGCCAGGUUAUUAUUUGUCGUACAGGACACCAAUUUCUUGCGGGAUAAAGCGGGUAAUCCCGGCCGCAGCCAAGCACUAUCUUGCUUCGCAGCACAAGGGUUUCCUUGUACUUGGUCCAGGUUAGGCCCCUGUUGGCCUGUCUUUAGGUACCACUUCCGGCCACGCGAUAUGAUUGAAACACACCCCCAGAAAAAAAUAUAAACAACUUUGCAAGUUUGGACACGCGAAUUAGUCACCAGGCUCUCUCUUAUAGUGACUAUGUGUUUUUCCUUCUAUUUCUUGAGAAAGGGUCAAAUUUGUCAACACGAAAACCUUUCCUCAAGGCCAUUUUUCCCGGAAGAGAAAUUAGCACGCGUUGUUUAUUUACCAUCUGCAUAAGGAAGUUGUUGUGUUGAUAUGACUUCCGGUUGAGCGAUCGAAUUGUGGGUAACAACGCAGGCGCUCUUGCAUAAGGAGACAGAACCGGCUGUGAUGGAACUUUGGUUUUGUUCGUCCAGUGGAACAACUUUCAACUCGUGACAUUUGAAGAUUUCACGACGGUGAAGUGACGAUGUACGCAAAAUAUUGAUCAGCUAAGCUCAUUUUGUGAUCACAAUGACUUCUCCGAGUAUACCAGAGGGUCUUCAAGCUUUCCUUCGUCAUGCUCAGGGUUUGCAUCCCGCCAAUAACCCUCGUCGAGAAAAUGGGUUUUCCAAAGAAUUUCAGCAAUUAAAAGAUAUGUCCUCCAAGUUAAAAAGAAAUCCAGAAUAUGUUACGCAUCAUGGAGAACUUGAGUACAAUCGGCCUAAAAACCGAUACAAAGACAUUAUGCCUUUUGAUCAUAAUCGUAUUAUCCUGCCAACAUUGGCUGGAGUACCAGGAUCUGAUUAUAUCAAUGGAAAUUAUGUCAAGGGGCCAGAUGGUGAAACGGCAUAUUUAGCACUUCAGGGACCUCUACCAAGGACUGUGGAUGACUUCUGGAGAUUAAUAGCCUCCCACAGGUGUCAGAUUGUGAUAAUGGUAUGCAGAGAAAUUGAGAUGGGAAAGCUGAAAUGUAAGCGGUAUUGGCCGGAAAACAAAGAUGACAUACUGACCUUUGCUGGUUUGGAAAUAUCUUUGAUCGAUGAGAACAAUCUUGCUGAAGGAUUUGUCAUGAGAACAAUGUGUAUGAAGUCUGGUGAGGAGCAAAUGACUGUGACACAGUUACAGUACACAGCCUGGCCUGAUCAUGAUGUCCCGCGGUCUGCAGCACCACUUAUCGAAUUAAACAGAACACUCAGGGCUGCACAAGGAAAUAGAAAACAAGUUGUUCUUAUCCAUUGCAGUGCUGGAUGUGGUAGAACAGGGACAAUUAUUGCGGUGGACUAUGCCUGGACUCUGUUAAAAAUGAAAAAGACUGAUAAUUUUAGUGUGUAUGACAUAGUCGCAGACCUUAGAAGACAGAGAAUGGCUAUGGUUCAGACCAAGGAGCAGUAUGCACUAGUGUACAAAGCUGUAACGCAACUUGUUCAAGAAGAACUAGACAAAGAGAAGAUCAAGUCACACACAUAUGUCAAUGUGGAAAUACCCGAGGCAUCUCAAUCACCAGCUGGGCGAGAAGACUACGAGAACUGUGAGUUUGCACAGAGUGUCAGUCGAUGGAAACAAAGUGACCUUCAAAAUGGAUCAGUUCCUAGGGCGCCAGCACCAUUACCUGCACAAAAGCAGUCAAAAACAAAGUCCAAACCACAAUUACCAAAUAAACCACCCUUGGCACGGUCACAACCGGAUGGGGCUGCGGUGGUACAGCCAAAUGCACCAAUACAGCAUGACUAUGUGAAUCUUGAAUAUAACACAGCAGUGACUAAAAACAAACCUGCAUCUCCAGUGAGGGAUGAUGGUGCAGUCUCGACCCAACUUUUGCAACCAGCAAAGAGUAAUGCGUCAAAUCUGAAUUUAAAUGAAGUGAAAGCAGGCAAUCAAAAUUCUAAAGCCAUGCGACAAAAGAGUCCAGCAACCCCUGAUUAUGAGGUGGUGCCUAAGAAACUGUCGACGCCAGCUGUAUCCAAUUCAAGAAAUGCUAAAGCUCCUCAAGGGAAUAAAGCUGUUUCCACUGAUUAUGAGUUUCCGUCAGUGUGUGCUCCACGGGUUAACAAGGAACAAGCUAAACAUGUCCCUGAAGGUAAAGUGUUAUUACAGCUUUUCAUGUUACAGAGCUAUACCUCAACGUCAAGUGAGGAAGGAAAUACUCCUCCAGCAAUCCCGAAGAAGACAAACGAAGCCUUUCUCGUCCCAGGCGAGGAACCUUAUGAACAUAUUCAACAAACAAAUAGAGGCACCCUGGACCGGUUCAGGAAAAUGAUGAAAAACACGUCAAAGAGUAACCUUCCAAAACGUUUGUCUGAUGGCUCACAACCUCAUGGACUUUUGCGAAGUAACAGCUCAGGAACUGGUAAGGAGUUUUGCCAGUAUUUCAUAAGACCAUAGGCAUGCAAUGUGUGCAAAAAUAUAGCUGAUAAUGCAUCUACACAAUCUCUUAUUUGUAAAUGAUGGUACAAAAACUGUAGCAAUUUAGUACGUAGAUGAUUGGACGUUGAGAGGAACUUUUAAGGAUCCUUUUCCAUAGUUUUUCUCAACGGUUAUUGAAAACUAGUGGACAUAUCUUUGAAAUAAGGA